CAUCAGCUGUGAUUUGUAGCUGGGCAUCUGACUGACCGGCCGACCGAGAGGCGCACCAUGAACCUGCAGGAGCCGCUCGCCGCGGGGGGACCAUAGUUAUCAUGAGACUCUCUCCGGGCAGCAGGAUUUGAUUGUCCCUGAUAGUAUACCCAGAAUUUCUUCCACUUCUAUCACCUGGAAUUGCUUCAGCAACUAGAAUUAAUCAUGCUGUGGAAAACGGGACUGAUUUUUCUGUGCUGGGGCUUGACGUCCGGGGAACUCCAGGACAGGCAGUCCGGUACUCCUGCUGCUCCAGCGCGGACAACUUUGGAUUUCGGCCUCGUCCCCUCCGGAGUUUACGAUACUGUCGCCUAUUACGAGCCUGGGGCCAUUGGGAUUUUAUUUAACAUGAUGCACGCUUUCCUCUAUGUGGUUCAGCCCAACCCGUUUCCUGAAGAUCUUGUCAUUAGAGUGGCAAAGGAUAAAUUCGGAGCCAUACAAUCCGAGUACCAGAAGCCAGAAAACAUUGUUCUGACACUACAGGUUAUUUAUUAUGAGAUUGGGUUUGUGGUGUGCACGGCACUGGGCCUGCUGUUCACCGUGCUGCUGCCGCUGGUGGGACUUCUCUUUUGUUUCUGCCGCUGCUGUGAUAACUGCGGAGGAGAGAUGCACCAGAGACAGCGGAAGAACACGGACUGCCUUAGAGGACUGCUGACCACACUGUUACUCACCACCACCUUCAUUAUCACGGCAGGGGUCCUUUGUGCAUAUGCAGCCAAUCAGAACCUGAGUUCCCAGCUGAAGAGCAUGAGGAGGCUGGUGAAGAGUAACUUGAAAGAUCUGCACACCUUUGCCAAUCAGACUCCUGCACAAAUUGAUUACCUGAUCUCUCAGUAUGGCACAGUGGAGCACCAUGUGCUGUAUGACCUGGAUAAUGUAGGUCUUCUCUUGGGUGGAAGGAUACAUGAGGAGCUGGGAAAAGACGUGCAGCCCGCCCUCAACGCGGCUCUCAGCAUGACUGGAACAAUGCGAGACACUAAGGAUGCUCUAGAGAAUGUGAGUUUGACGUUGGAGACUUUGCAGGAAGGAACAGUCAAACUGCAGGCUAACCUCAGCCUGGUGCGUGGAAGCCUUAGCAAUGCCCUUAAUGAUCCUGUCUGUACAGACCCACGCUCAUCUGAGAUUUGUCGCAACAUACGUAGCACCCUUCCCAGGCUAGAAAUUGCAGCCAACUACUCAUCGUUGCCUGAUGUGACCAACCAGUUAGACAAAGUGAAUGAAGUCCUAGAGACGGAUCUCGGUCAGAUUGUGAAAAGGUAUGGCUAUACAUCAUUCAAUGACACCCCCACCUUGGUAACAGAUCAAACCCGAAAUAUUGUGGAAGGGGUGAAGGUUCUGCUGGACGACAUUGGAUCAAACAUCAGCACUUUCACCAAGCUCUUCCCGGUUCACAGCUCUCUGACCAACUUCACCAAAAUGAUCUCUCACACACACUCACAGAUCGAGGACAUCUACCCUCAGGUCGAUCAGAUGGAUUUCUACAGGUGGAUCUGUUGUAUUACCCUGUGCUGUAUGGUUGUGCUCAUCCUCACUUUUAAUUUUCUGGGUUUGUUGUGUGGUAUUCUGGGAUUCGACAGGCACGCAACUCCAACCACACGUGGUUGUGUCUCUAACACAGGAGGCAAUCUGCUCAUGGCUGGUGUGGGCUUCAGCUUCCUGUUCUCCUGGGUGCUUAUGGGAGUGAUAACAGCACUGUUUUUGGUGGGUGGGAGUCUAGAAAAGCUUGUGUGUGAACCCUUUCAAACCCGACAGCUGUUUAAGGUGUUAGAUACGCCCAACCUGGUCAAUUCUGCUUGGAGAAACUUCAUACCAGGAUACCUGUACAAUGAUCCUGAGAUGGACCUUACAGCAUAUUCUCUCUACAGUAAUUGUAAGGACAACAGAGGGAUUUACUCAGCUCUUCAUCUGGAUAAGAUCUUCAACAUCUCAGCCUUCUUAAACACUAGUGUUUACUCCAAGGAUGUGUCAAGGAAGUUUGAAGGGAUGAAGGUGGACCUGCGUGGAAUCAUUCUUCUUGAGUCAGAAGGCAAACAGAAUCUCAUCAGCUUCACUAAAACUGGGAUUAAUGAGAUUGACUUUGCUGCCUAUUUGGAGGAGGUUAAUAAAGGAGUUACUCGCAUUAAUCUAGUGGAUUUUGCUAGUCAACUUGAUGCUCAAGCUGAUCAGCUGUUUAAAGGGACCUUGCAGACCUCAUUAAAAGGACACGCUAAUACUAUAAGACAGAUCCACAUCCAGCAAGUCAUCCCACUGGAGCAGUCCAUGAGCAUACUUAAUCAGAGCAUCAGACUUCUGGAGAGGACCUCCUCAGACCUGCCUGUCAGAGUUAUAGAUCUAUUAGCUGCCGUUGAUGCCGCCCAGUUCCUAAUUUCCCACAAUGCAACAUUUGUGGUCAAUCAGGAAACAGAGAAAUACAAGCAGACUAUUAUUGGCUAUUUCAAGCAGUAUAUCGACUGGAUCAGAACGUCUUUGGCCCUGGAGGUCGCUACCUGUAAACCACUCAGCAACAUUGUGGACACGGCCGAGAUCCUAGGCUGCAGUUUCCUGCUGGAUUCAAUGAACACAUUCUGGUUUGGAUUAGGCUGUUCCACACUGUUUCUGCUCCCUAGCAUUAUCCUGUCCGUCAAACUUGCCAAGUUCUACCGCAGAAUGGACACAGAGGAUGUCUAUGACGAUGAUAUUGGAAACUGGAAUUAAACCUUUGUGGAAUACUCUCUCUGUGAACAGCAGGUUCAGCUCUUAAGAAAAAGGAAACUCACAUACUUGUGAAACUACCUGUUGUCCACGUUCCCAUCACAUCAGUGAAGAAGACCUUCAUCAAAAUGUUUUGACUAUUGUUGUUUUGACUAAUUUGCACCUUUAUGAUUGUAGUACUGUCUUAUGGACUGUCCCCUCAACAAGCUAUUCUCUGAUGUCACAUCCUGCCAUAAUCAGGGAGGCUUCACAAUAUAAGGUUUUUUUUAACUACUACAUGUGUCUUUGUUUACAGUCAUUGAGAAAUCACCUGUGACAGGCAUAACAAUGCUAUGACUGCUGCAUUCUUAUUUGUCUUGUGUUUUUAUAUAUAUAUAUAUAUAUAUAUAUAUAUAUAUAUAUAUAUAUAUAUAUAUAUAUAUAUAUAUAUAUAUAGUGCUUUUAACAUCGUGGAGAAUUCAACAUGUUGUCAAGUCCAGUCCACUGAGAGGCCAAAUUUACUGAAAACAGA